AUGUUAGCUGCUAGAAGUUCGUUAAAAAGUGUUUAUGGUCGCCAAACGCCUGCAUUCGCCAAGGUUGCCGUUGGCCGAUUCCAAUCCAACACGGCCAGUGCCCCCACUGGGCCUGUGAUUGGUAUCGACUUGGGAACCACCAACUCGGCCGUGGCGGUGAUGGAGGGCAACACCCCUAAAAUCUUGGAGAACUCCGAGGGAGGCAGAACCACCCCCUCGAUUGUUGCUUUCACCAAGGACAAUGAGAGAUUGGUUGGUAUUCCAGCUAAGCGCCAGGCCGUCGUCAACCCGGAAAACACCUUGUUUGCCACCAAGCGUUUGAUUGGAAGAAGAUUCGACGACAAGGAGGUUCAGAGGGACUUGGACCAAGUGCCUUACAAGAUCACCAAGCACAAGAACGGCGAUGCGUGGUUGGAGGCUAGAGGCGAGCAGUACUCGCCCCAGCAGAUUGGUGGGUUUGUCUUGAACAAGAUGAAGGAGACUGCCGAGGCUGCCUUGGGUAAGAAAAUCAAUAGUGCUGUUGUGACCGUGCCCGCGUACUUUAACGACGCCCAGAGACAAGCCACUAAGGAUGCCGGUAAGAUUGUGGGGUUGAACGUGUUGAGAGUCGUUAACGAACCUACUGCUGCCGCCUUGGCCUAUGGUUUGGAAAAGAAGGACGGUGAAGUUGUUGCUGUGUUCGAUUUGGGUGGAGGUACCUUUGAUAUUUCCAUCUUGGACAUUGGCGCUGGUGUCUUUGAAGUCAAGUCGACAAAUGGUGAUACCCACUUGGGUGGUGAAGAUUUCGAUAUUGCGUUGGUUAAGUACAUUGUUGACAACUUUAAGAAGGAAACCGGCAUUGACUUGUCCAAGGACAGAAUGGCCAUUCAACGUAUUAGAGAAGCUGCUGAAAAGGCCAAGAUUGAAUUGUCCUCAACCGUUUCCACUGACAUCAACUUGCCUUUUAUCACCGCCGAUGCCUCGGGUCCAAAACACAUUAACCAAAAAGUCACUAGAGCUCAAUUUGAAAACUUGGUUGAACCAUUGAUCAAAAAAACCAUUGAACCUUGUAAAAAGGCUUUGAAAGAUGCUGGAUUGACUGCAUCCGAUAUCUCAGAAGUCAUUUUGGUUGGUGGUAUGUCGAGAAUGCCCAAGGUUGUUGAAACCGUCAAGUCCAUCUUUGGCAAAGAGCCUUCGAAAGCAGUUAACCCAGAUGAAGCUGUGGCUAUGGGUGCUGCUAUCCAAGGUGGUAUCUUGGCCGGUGAAGUCAAAGACGUUGUCUUGUUGGAUGUCACUCCUUUGUCCUUGGGUAUUGAAACCAUGGGUGGUGUCUUUGCUAGAUUGAUUGCUAGAAACACCACCAUCCCAGCUAAGAAAUCCCAAAUUUUCUCCACCGCUUCAGCUGGUCAAACUUCGGUUGAAAUCAGAGUUUUCCAAGGUGAAAGAGAAUUGACCAGAGACAACAAGUUGAUUGGUAACUUUACCUUGUCCGGUAUCCCACCUGCACCAAAAGGUGUUCCACAAAUUGAAGUCACUUUUGACAUUGACACCGAUGGUAUCAUCAAGGUUUCCGCUAGAGACAAGGCCUCCAACAAGGAUGCAUCCAUCACCGUUGCUGGCUCAUCGGGUCUUUCCGACGCUGAAAUUGAAAAGAUGGUCAACGAUGCCGAGAAGUUUGCCGAGUCUGAUAAAGCUAGACGUGAAGCCAUUGAGACCGCCAACAGAGCAGACCAAUUGUGUAACGACACCGAAAACUCAUUAAACGAACACAAGGAGAAAUUGUCCACCGAGGCUGCCGACAAAGUCAAAGACUUGAUUGCUAAAUUGAGAGAAGUUGUCUUGAAAGCACAAGCUGGCGAAGAAGUUGAAGCCGACGAAAUCAAGACCAAGACUGAAGAAUUACAAAAUGAAGCCAUCAACUUAUUCAAAGACCUUUACAAAGACGGAGGUGAUUCAUCAUCUUCUUCUUCUUCAAAUGAAGAACCACCAAAGAACUAA